AUGGGUUUUACAGAAAAGCAAGAAGCCAUGGUGAAGGAAUCCUGGGAGGUCUUGAAGCAAAACAUCCCUGAAAACAGCCUACGCUUCUUCACCUUGAUUUUGGAGAUUGCACCGGCUGCGAAAGACAUGUUUUCCUUCCUCAAAGACUCCAAGGAAGUCCCACAGAACAAUGCAAAGCUGAAAGCUCAUGCUGUUAUGGUUUUUAAAAUGGUGAAAAUUCAACUCCAUGAGAAAGGUGACGUAGUAGUGGCUGAUAGAACUCUCAAACACUUGGGAUCUAUCCAUCUUAAAAAAGGUGUCAUUGACCCCCAUUUUGAGGUGGUGAAAGAGGCACUCCUUAGAACAAUCCAGGGGGCAGUUGGGGAGAAAUGGAGUGAUGAGAUGGGUCAAGCUUGGACUGAAGCCUAUGACCAAUUGGCUGCAGCCAUGAAGGCCCAGAUGAAACAAGACCCUGCUUCUACUAAUUAGCUUCAAAUUUCUUUCAUUUUUUUUAAAACGUAUUUGAGUUUUUAAUUAAUAUUGAACAUGCAUGAAUGUUGUGAGUUGUGAGAAUUUGGCUAUUGAUGCAUUCAAUCAAAGCCUGCUAAAUAAGAUACAUAUUUGGCUACUUU